ACCGCGGGCACACCUGGUCGGACCGAGGAGAGCAGUUCAGUGCCUGAAACGGCUCCACGCAGCAGCACUCGGUGUAAUCACGUGAGGAAUGCGGGGCCAUUAAUUAAGGACGAAACUUCACAUCAACUUCAACUUUUACUUUCACCCAACUUAUAAAACGAAAAAAAGGUGGGGGGUGGAUAAUGGCAACGGGCGGAUUUAAGCCAAACGCCACGACGGACUUCUUGGAGGAGUGGAAGGCGAAACGGGAGAAAAUGCGUAUCAAAAUGUUGGGGGACAUAGCCGCGGCGACCGGCGCGCCUAUGGGUGCCAGCAACCCAAACAACCACAACAGUAACCGCCACGCCGAGCUCACCAAUAACGGCAGCCCGGACCGGAGCGCCUCCGCUGGGAACUGCCUCCCUCCCUCCUACUUGGUGGCUCGGUCCCCUCCGGGCACGGCUUUAAAGAGACCCGAGGAGGAGACGCACCACCCUGCCCGCCCUGCUUCCCCCACAGCCGUCACACCGCCGGGGAGCAACCCGAAGAAGGCCACGCCUCAGACGGAGCCGGCUCAGUGUGACUCCCCGGACUCCGGCCCCAUGGCUUGCAACGACAGCGACAAGGGGAGCCCGUCGCCCAGUAAGGUCAAGGAGAAGAACAGCACUGGUCCCAGCGCGAAGAAGGGGAAAGGGCAGAUCGAGAAGAGGAAGCUGAGAGAAAAGAGGAGAUCAACAGGUGUUGUCAGCAUACCAUCCAAUGAGAGCCUGGAUGAGCUGGACGACGACGACGCGGUGGAGAAGGACCGGAAGGAGGAGGAGGAGCUGGUGCAGGCCAACACUUUCCAGAACGAGGCCAUGACAGCUGACCCCGCCAUCGGCCACUUCGUGGAAACCCCCAGAUCUGGGAGCGGCCGCCACAAGAGCUCCGCAGGAUCUGAGGAAGAGGUGGGUGGCAACAGCAGACAGCGACACAACCGUCACGGCAGAGAUGAAGGGAGUUUGGAGAAAAGGAUGGAGGAGCUGGAGAGGGAGCUGGCCAGAGAGCGUCAAGAGAACGACCGGUUGCUGAAAUCCAACGAGGACAAAGACGACCUCAUCGGGAAGCUGAGGGAGGAAAUUGACUUGCUGAACAGAGACCUGGACGACAUCGAAGAUGAGAACGAGCAACUCAAACAGGAGAACAAGACCCUGCUGAAGGUGGUGGGUCAGCUGACGAGGUAGAACAACGUGACGCUUCUGCCGACAUCCUGCCCCGGGUCACGUCCAGCAUCUCGGCCUUUAAUCUGUUUGAUCGUGUCUCUUUCCGUGUUAGAGGUAAAAACCGUAAACUAGUCGUUCAGAGCCUCUCUGCCUUUAAUACAUUCCACCGAGGAGGAUUUAUUCCAUUUGUUGGGGAAAGCUGAGCGAACUAGGCACCCGACAGUCUCUCGGGGGACUGUCCGUCGUCGUACAUAUUUAAUGUAAAUUUAUUGUAUAUAGGCCAUUUAGAUUUUUGGGUGGGAUUUUUGAUAAGGUUUUAAAAAGCAAAAAAAAGUGAAAUGAAUGUAUGUGCUGCACAAAAUGAAUUUAAAAAAACUUGUUUAGAGGUUUAAAAAAACACCCAGGUAAAAUCUAUAAAGCGAUCUCCAGUGUUUGAAGUGUGUCCGAGUGCAGUUUCAUCGGAGAACUUGAAGCUUCUGUCGACAAACUCUUGGACCAGAUCCAACGUGAACAUGCAACAGCACCAUCAGCCAAAGUGGGCCGAAGUGCCUUGCAAAACAUGCAAGGCACUCUUCUUGAUAAGAAGUAGUGAGAGCCUGGUGCUUUGUUGAUGAUUAUUAGUGCCAGAUUUACUUCCCUCAAAUUUAAAAGAGACUUUAUAUGAAUUAUAUGCUUUGUGCAUUUCAAUGUUAACAUCUGAGUAUUAUACUUGUCUU